GUCGCUUUCGAUCAAGCAUCGUGAGUUUUCGAGUGAAAAGAAACAAUAACAAUAAGCAUUCUAUUUCCUGCUAUCGAUGAAUUGAAAUCAAGUUUGAUUCUUCAGAAGUUAACAAAACUAAUCUAGAAUUGUUUUAUUUUUUUCAUAAUCCUGGAAAACUUAUGUGUAAAGAAAACUUUUGCAGUGAAAGCGUAGAUUGUUUCAGUUGUCUUUGAGGAUUUUCAUAUUCUAAUUUGUUUUGAAAAUUUAAGACAAGAAUUAUAGGAAGUCUUUAGGUUUUGUAUUAGUUGCUGACGUGUUAGUGAUGUGUUGAAUUUGUCUGUUGACGGCAUAGUGUUCUCCAUGAUUCAAGUGUAUAGUGGAAAAUACUGCCGACUUCCGGAGUGGAUUUCUGUAAUUAGAAACUGAAAGCUUGUGACCGUUUGUAAUCAAAACUAAUAUUUGGCGUAAAAUUUCCGAGUUCAUUGUCCAACUCAAUAUGUCGUUUAAAACAUUGCUUUCGGACCUUUUUGGGUCCGCUCCGACAUUGACAUCGAAAUACGUGCUUCGACUCAAUUAAAAAAAAUAUUUAAUAUUAUUUUCGUACAUUUGAGCUUACGGCAACCCGAUCGCCAUGUUCGGAAGCCUUGUGCAGAAGCUGCAGUCGUUCAGCCCAAUAACCAGCCCGACCACUUCGCCCACAGUCAGUCCAAGACCCAAGAAAAAAUUCGGUUUUGGCCGUGCUAACCGAAAACGAAGAAUUGGAGGUUACGACAAAGAGGAGAUUAGGGAAGUUCAGAGUGAGCCUGAGCUAGAUUAUGAGAACCUAGAACGGAAGAAGGACAAGAAAUUCUUUGGAUUGUCUUCGGACAGAAGGAAAAUUUCGGCUCCUCUCGUGGGUCAAUGCAACAAUGCUCCUCGAACCGGCUCAAAUCUCCCGAAUGGAAGCAGUCCCUACUAUGCUGUUUGUAAGCCUAACAGCCUCACCUCCAAUGACUGUUACGCAUCAGCUUACUCCGUCAUACCACAACACAAUAACAAUCAUUUAAACAGUGCCGUCCAGUGUGGUCAAGGUGAGGACAUUUACGAAGACAUUAACACGAUUAAAGGACCGCAUGUGUCCGUAUACAAUAUCUCUAGCAGUGCCCCCAAACCUAAUUUGAUAAACCACAACGCAGACCGAAGCCAACCUCGCAGCAAGACUUCCGCAACCAACUCAAAAGCUGUUAACAGCAAUUUCAAUUCAAUAUCUGCUCCCAGCAAUGGUUUCAGUGGCAAACAUCGUAACAUAUCCACGGUCGAUAUCAAAGAGGCUUCCUACAAAAAUCCUGACUUUCAGUUCCCUCAGGAUCCGGUAAAAAACGCACCUGAUAAUCACCGUCGGCUGUCGCGAGCACCCGCCAAUCACGUUGAACUUCGUCCCACAAACUCCAGCCAAGCUUCUUACGGCGAACACAAAGCCCAUCAUGUGUCCGACGAGACUCGUAAGCGUGCUAACAAUAACAAGAAGGCGAUGGAUAAUUACCCCUAUCGUAAGGACAUAAGUGUCCCUCUCCACGAUGUCAUUCAUGAGCCACGAAAACUUGUCAUCGUUGACACCAGGAAGACGUCUCAUGAAUUCACAAGGAACGGUCCUCCCGACUAUCACCGGACUUUGUCGUCAGAUUACUACCAAAAUGGUUCGAUUUAUGGAGGGAUUCUCAACCGCAUGGAUGAACCCUAUCCCCUUCCUCCGUCUCCCCAUGAGGAUAUUUAUGACGUGCCGUCAAGGAUCACAAGAAAAGUUGGCGACUCGAGGAGCAAAGACUUCGGUAGAAGCCAAGUUUCCAGGACGCUUGGAAAAAUGGAAGGGUUGAGACAGG